AUGAAGCUUAUUGGGAGCAGCAAGAGGAGAGGAGGGAUGGGCAAGGCUCUCAAGGAGCACAAGGCAAGGCUCCACAUCAUCCGGCGAUGCGUCAUCAUGCUCCUCUGCUGGGAUGACUAG